AAAUCCAGCUAAACACCAUUACUGAUCCACCACCUACUCUCCAAUUAUUCAAAUCUUUACAAUAUAUUUUUUCUUCAAUUACAUUUGAAGAUUUGUUCUACUUGCCUUAUUUCUAUAUUCCACAUUCCAGUUUUCAAAUGAAAUUUCAGUUUCAUUGGCAUGAAAUAUUAAUAAUCAUCCUAUUGGCUGUAAUGUGUUGACUUUUCACCGCCAAAAUAUCCCCACAUAUACCCAGCUUCGCCACCCUAAAGCCUUGUCUAGCACAAUCUACCUAGAGAGAGUAGCCAUGAAGAUUUUCUGAUGUUUUGAUCAGAACCCAGAUGAGGAAAAUUGGGUUUUUGCAAUUAAAUUGAAUUAAAAUCCAAAUUCCUUGGUGGGUUUUCUUGGAAAGGUAUUAAUAUUUGCAAAAAUGGCCUCUUGGAACAGUCCCAUCAAAGAUAUGGCAAAUUACAAGCCAGUUUUUCUGACCAUCUACGCCACUGUGGUGGUAGGAGUAGUGGUGUCUUCUUUCUAUGUUUUCUCGGCAGUUUACAGCUCCUCGCCAUCGUCUUCCUCCUCUUCCUCUUCCUCCCUGUGGUUCAGUCCAGUCCAAAACCAGGUAUCAAAUUCUUCUCAUGUAACUGUUGUGAAUGUGUCUCUGGGUUCCACCUCCCAAACACAAAGCAAAUCGAUGAAGCCUAUUUGGGAGGCCCCCCCUUCUGGUUCUAAGAUGCCACCUCUUAAAACCUUUAGAUUGACCAAGGAACUGGUUCAGCAAAGGGUGAAGGAUAAUGUUAUAGUAGUCACCUUUGGUAACUAUGCUUUCAUGGAUUUCAUCCUCACAUGGGUAAAGCACUUGACAGAUUUAGGUGUCGAUAACCUUCUUGUUGGUGCCAUGGACACAAAACUGGUUGAGGCUCUUUACUGGAAAGGUGUACCAGUUUUUGAUAUGGGUAGUCAUAUGAGCACAGUAGAUGUUGGAUGGGGUUCAAAAGCAUUUCACAAGAUGGGAAGGCAGAAGGUUAUUCUGAUAGAUGCCAUUCUUCCUAUGGGUUUUGAAAUACUAAUGUGCGAUACAGACAUGGUCUGGUUGAAGAAUCCGCUGCCUUAUCUAGCACGUUUCCCUGAAGCUGAUAUCUUGACCUCAACUGAUCAAGUUGCACCAACAGUUGUUGAUGACAGUUUGGACAUCUGGCAACAAGUUGGUGCUGCAUAUAACAUUGGUAUAUUCCACUGGCGGCCAUCCAAUUCUACAAAAAAAUUGGCAAGAGAAUGGAAAGAAUUGCUUCUCGCUAAUGAUGAUGUAUGGGAUCAGAAUGGUUUCAAUGAUCUUGUCAGGAGGCAGCUAGGACCACCUGUUGAUGAAGAAAGUGGACUGGCCUAUGCUUAUGAUGGAAGCAUCAAGCUAGGUCUUCUCCCUGCAAGUAUUUUUUGCAGUGGCCAUACUUAUUUUGUCCAGGCAAUGUAUCAACAACUCAGACUGGAGCCUUAUGCUGUACAUACCACAUUCCAAUAUGCUGGUACUGAGGGAAAGCGUCAUAGGCUACGAGAAGCAAUGGUUUUCUAUGAUCCACCAGAUUACUACAAUGUAUCAGGAGGGUUCUUGACA